AUGGAGUGGAAGAAGGCAGAUAGGAAGAUUUUCAGAGGGUUUUCCACUAAAUGGGACGUUUUCCCUUAUGGAGGUAAGCAAGGUGCCUCGUCGGAGAUAUUUGAAACAAUUUUCUUUUCGGAUUUUCCUAAAAGAAUCCGGGCAAAAGAUGUUUUCGAACUUUUCGGUUGUCAUGGUAAUGUUGCUGAGGUGAUGAUAUCCCCAAGGAGGAAUAAGUUUGGAAGACGCUUUGGCUUUGCAAGAUUCAGAGGAGUGGAUGAUGUUAGAAUGUUGGCAGUCAGGCUCGACAAUAUCUUGAUAGAUGGGAAGAAAAUCCAUGCAAACCCACCUAGAUACGAACGAAACAACGCGGCAGAUAUGACAAGGGCCAAACAGUUUAGCUCCACAGGUGUUAACAAGGGGAGGUAUCAUUUCAAGAAGGGUGAUGUGGGUGGUCCAGGGGCAGGUGUGGGAAGGUCGAAGGGCACCAGAUCAUAUGCUGAAACAGUGGUUCUGGGGGCAUCACGUGGGAACUCUGAGGUUCUAGCUUCGGUUAAUUAUUCGUCUAAACCUGAGGAUAGAGCAAGAUGGAGUAAGGCGUGCAUCGGUGAAGUUCUGUUUCUAAGAGAGUCAUACAAUAUCCAAACUCAUUUCGAAAUUGAGGGUUUUUUCUCAAUCAAGGUUAUCCCGCUGGGAGCGAAUCUUUGCUUGCUAGAAGAAAUGGAGGAGGGAGUGAUCUCGGACUUGAUGAGUGAAGGCAAUACUUGGUGGAAACAAUGGUUUAGAACCAUUAAACCUUGGCAACAGGGAGCGGUUGAUGCGGAACGAGUUACGUGGAUUCGGGUUCAUGGUGUGCCUUGCCAUGCUUGGAAUAUCGACUUCUUCGAAGCUUUAGCUAACUCUUUUGGCUGUUUUGUCAACAUGGACGAGAACUACAAAGAGGGCAAGAACAUGGAUAUAGCAAGGAUUCUCAUAAGGGUUCCUCUGUGUUUUUCUUUGGCAGAGAGAAUCUCGGUGGCUAUUGACGGGGAGAUUUUUAGUCUUGCUCUUCGUGAAGAUGCGUAUGGUCCGUUUAGACUCAUCAACAAGGAGGCUGCUUCCAAGGCAAAUAGUAGUUCUCUCUCUAGCUCUGAAGAGUCUUGGUCGGUGCCGGCAGGAAGCGAAGAGGGGAGAUGGACGUCGAAAAGCUUUGGGAAAUGA